AUGGCUGCAUCUCUCCCGGAAAGGGAGCGCGACCUGCUCCGGCGCAUCGAUGCUUGUGUCGACCGCAUGCGCGCCUUCACGCCAGACGAACCCUACGUGCUGAGCAUCCCUCAGGACGAGCCCAAAUACCACCACCAUUCCCAUCACUCGUCCCAGAUGUGGCGUACCAAUACUCCUUUCCGCGCCGACGACGACCCGAACCAACAGUACCAGACCUUCUACUAUCACGAGCCUCUGUCGGAUGUCUUUCAAUUACAUCGCAACUCUCACUACCAAAAGGACAAUGCCUCCGUCUCUUCUCAGCCACGCGAAAAGGAGAGCAGCACUCAAAGCACUCCUAGCAUGCUCCCUAAGAAGAAGAUUAGUCUGGCUGCUUAUGCUAACAAAAAGACACUGCCCGAUUCCAAGGACGACGACAAACCCAACAAACCUCACCACAACAAGACCCCUCCUGGAUCGACAUCUUCACAUCCGCCCAAGUCGCGCGACUCUGCCAACCUCCCACGCAUGCUCUCUCCACUACAAGUUCACCACCGCGACCGCUCACAACAGUCACAACAACCUCGACCUUCACCAAAACAAAAGCCGCCCAAACAAUCUCUCCUACCACCUCGCCUAAUAUCACCUACUCUACCCCCAAGCAUAAUUGCUUCCUUGGAUGCGAACCCAUAUCAGUCCUCGCGACACAAGCAUGCCUCUAAACGCCUACCCUCUCCACUGCCGCCCGUCGCCGAGAAGUCGCGCAAGCAUCCCCCAAACAUUCCUGAACCCAAAACACGCGACUCACCGCAAGAAGAAGAGGAUAAAGAUUCCACGCCUCCCUCGCUUAUUGUCAAACUCAGGAUCCCCAAAAGCAUGCGCAAAAACCUCUGUCGAUAUCUGCAAAUGAAACCACAACCACAAGUCAUUCGUGUGCUACCUCCAGAGAAACCCCCAGCCCAGGCUGAACCCACACCACAAUCAUCCAAAAGACCACGUCCGGCAGAAGAAGACAACCCGCUUCCAGAAUCGAAACGCAAGAAGUCUAUCAAGCCCGAGCCGACCAGCACACAAGCAGAGCCCAGUACACCUUUGCCCGCAACACCUGCAGCGCAGAAGGCCACACCCACUGCACGUAGUACCACUAAAGAUUUGCGCACAUCUGCUGCGAUGAGGCGUGUCGAGUCGUCUGAUAGUAUUAUCAAUGGCACACCACAGUCUUCGCGUCAAGUCAAUGGUGUCACUCGACCGUCUCCCUCGUCAAGCAACACGAAGACGGCUGAGUCUAUCGCCUGGGACACCGAAGCAGCACGAGUAGGAAAGCUUGGUCGUGAGUUGAAGCAUGCCGCCUCUGCACUGGAGGAUCCAAAGUCUAGAAGCAGCCACGACGAACCAAGACUCCGCGAAACAGCAGCUGCCAUGUCCCUGGAGUCGUUUUUGUUGUUCAUGCUUUCCUUCUACUGCACAGACCGUGCGUUUGCUGCUCGCAACCCGCCUGCACCCAUGGAUGCAAGUCGGACUUGGGGAACCAUACCCGCCUUCCUCAAUUUCGUCCGCACGCGUUGUCAGUAUUUCGCACCUCUUGACGGUGUUGCUUGUCAUCUAGGCGGGGUUUGCAAUGCACUCAUUAUGUUACGACUGACCACUUUACGCGAACGACCACAAGACAUGACGCCCGAAGAAACGCGUACAUUGCACAAUGCUGCGUCAGCAGCCUUGAAAGCUUCGAAAGACGGCAACUCGAAACUACCUCUUUCAGCCAUUAUGUCUAAUUUUCCAAAGUUGUGGAAGAAGGCUAUGAACAACGGUUCCCAUGCGAGAGGGGCAGAGGACGAAGUCAAGAUUGGUCGUUAUGCUGGUGAGAUCAGUCUACCACUCGGCAUGGACACUGAGCCUCUCAUUGCAGUUCGAAUUGGAUAUGCACUGCUGAGAGAAUGGUGUGCCAGCAAAGGAUUGAAAUAUGAGAUGAAGCUUGGACUUUAG